UUAUCGCUUGCUCAUUUCAGAUUUUAGACUAGAUUGCAGAGGAAAUGGUAGACGUUAAUAGCUGGGAGGAGGGGAGGUAGAGAAAGGCUGCUGGUGUCCCAGGAGCCUAGGGAAGGAAGAGGCAAUUUUUCAAAAAAGUACAAGUGGACAGUAGCCCCAGGGGAAGAUGCCGUCCCUUUCUGGUAAUCGAAAGAAGGGAAACGCAACUACAGGGAGAUGGGAUUAGAGAAAAAGAGAGUAACAGGCCUGGUAUGCGGGAGGGAAUGGAGGGGGGCGGGCCCUCUUCUGCGGCACUGCUGGUGGGAGGGGAAAUUGGGGACCCGAGUUGGUGGAUGACGUAGCUCUCACGUGACCAAGAGCUGACGUGUGCAGAAGUCCUUCUUGUCCUGGUCGUUGUUCCCGUCUGAGUACCACCUCCCUAUUGCCCUGAGGGCGGGCUGGCCUGUGGCAGAGGGAAGAAGGAGGAAGAGACGGAAAUUGUCCCGGAUCCCUGCAGGUCAGUGCCUGGGAGAUUCCAUAAAGUGGGGGUGGCUGAGGGCAUAGGGCGGAGACCGUCGCGGAUCCUGAGGCGCCUCUGUCGUCUCUCUUACCGCCCGCUUUCCAAGACAUAUGUCCCACCUGCAGCCCGUUUCAGUGCUGCAAAACGUGGGUCCGAGCCUCUCCCGGGUGGCUAGUCUUUUCAUAGGUUGAGGCACAACGCCAGGCAAGAGAAGAGGAAGGAAAUUAACCCCUAUCGGUGAAGGUCGAUUUGAGGGUCGGCUGUAGCAGGUGGCCCCGCUUGCAUCGAGGGAGGAAGUUUCUCUGAUCAGUAGAGAUUGGAAAGGUUGUUGGGCGUGGCAGACCUUCAGAGAAGGAAAGAGGCGUCAAACUGCCUGUUUUGAGGAGGUUAGUCCAAUUCCAUUCCAUAAUCAGUUGUUGUGGCCCUGAAGUGGCUGAAGACGAUCACCUUCCACAGGCCUGCACCCAGGCCCACAGCUGUCUUCCCCCAGCCUGAGUGACUACUCUAUUCCUUGGUCCCUGCUAUUGUCAGGGACGAUUGCAUGGGCUACGCCAGGAAAGUAGGCUGGGUGACUGCAGGCCUGGUUAUUGGGGCUGGCGCCUGCUAUUGCAUUUAUAGACUGACCAGAGGAAGAAAACAGAACAAGGAGAAAAUGGCUGAGGGAGGGUCUGGGGAUGUGGAUGAUGCUGGAGACUGUUCUGGGGCUAGGUACAAUGACUGGUCUGAUGAUGAUGAUGACAGCAAUGACAGCAAGAGUAUAGUAUGGUACCCACCUUGGGCCCGAAUUGGGACUGAGGCUGGGACCAGAGCUAGAGCUAGGGCAAGGGCCAGGGCUACCCGGGCACGUCGUGCUGUCCAGAAACGGGCUUCUCCCAAUUCAGAUGAUACUAUUUUGUCCCCUCAAGAGCUUCAAAAAGUUCUUUGCUUGGUUGAGAUGUCAGAAAAACCUUAUAUUCUUGAAGCAGCUUUAAUUGCUCUGGGUAACAAUGCUGCUUAUGCAUUCAACAGAGAUAUUAUUCGUGAUCUGGGUGGUCUCCCAAUUGUGGCAAAGAUUCUUAAUACUCGGGAUCCCAUAGUUAAGGAAAAGGCUUUAAUUGUCCUGAAUAACUUGAGUGUGAAUGCUGAAAAUCAGCGCAGGCUUAAGAUAUACAUGAAUCAAGUGUGUGAUGACACAAUCACUUCUCGCUUGAACUCAUCUGUGCAGUUGGCUGGACUAAGAUUACUUACGAAUAUGACUGUUACUAAUGAGUAUCAGCACAUGCUUGCUAAUUCCAUUUCAGACUUUUUUCGUUUAUUUUCAGCAGGAAAUGAAGAAACCAAACUUCAGGUUUUGAAACUCCUUUUGAAUUUGGCUGAAAAUCCAGCCAUGUCUAGGGAACUGCUCAGGGCCCAAGUACCAUCUUCACUGGGUUCUCUUUUUAAUAAGAAGGAAAACAAAGAAGUUAUUCUUAAACUUCUGGUCAUAUUUGAGAACGUAUGUGACAAUUUUAAGUGGGAAGAAAAUGAACCUACUCAGAAUCACUUUGGUGAAGGUUCACUUUUUUUCUUUUUAAAAGAAUUUCAGGUGUGUGCUGAUAAAGUGUUGGGAAUAGAAAGUCACCAUGAUUUUUUGGUAAAAGUAAAAGUUGGAAAAUUCAUGGCCAAACUGGUUGAGCAUAUGUUCCCGAAGAGCCAGGAAUAACUCCUUGAUUUUGUAGUUGAGAAGCAACACACAUUGUAAACUAUUCCUUUUCUCCACCUUGUUUAUACGGUAAAGGAAUCCUUUCAGCUGCCAAUUUUGAAUAAUGAAUAUCAUAUUGUAUCACCAAUGCUGAUAGUUAACCGAGUUGGUCUUCAGGUUAAAGCUGGAUGAAUGAAUAUCACUACUUGUUUCUGAAAACAUGUUUGUUGCUUUUUAUCUCGCUGCCUAGAUUGAAAUAUUUUUACUAUUUCUUCUGCAUAAGUGACAGUGAACCAAUUCAUCAUAAGUUAACUCCCUUCUUUCAUUUGCAUUGAUUUAAUUUGUGUAUCAUUAACAAAGGUGUGUGUUAAUGCUGGAAAAAAAAGAAAAAAGAAAAAACCAACCUUGUCCUUUGGUUUAUAAUCUAGGUAGAGAGAUAAGAAACAUACAAACCAAAAGAUAACUGAGACUGUAUCAGGAGCAUACACUCACUGUCAGAUGUUUACUCUCAGAGCACAGAGGAAGCAAAGGGAUAUGCUCAUCAGCUAAAGCUUCAUGGAGGAGGUGGUCAUUGAAAAUGAGUCCUGAAUGGGGUAGGGCAGUUAGGGCUUUCCAGGAGACAGUACUGAGAAGGGAAUGGUAUGAGAAAUGAGUGAAGGUAGGAAUCUACUUCCUAUGACAGGAGACCAGUCUGCUUAGAGUGGAAAGUGUGGGGAGUGGGAGUCAAUACAUUUGGAAAGCUGGGUGAUGCCAGUUGUGAAGAGCUGUUUGAAUAUUAUCCCAUUGAACUCCAAGAGCCACUAAAUAUUUUUUAAUAGAAAAUAAUUGAGAUCCAUAUGAAAGUCCCUCUACUACUAUACGGCACCAGUGAGGGUGUGCCAAAAUGUAGCCUUUCAAACCCUGGUGGUGGCCAUUUGGCAAUACAUAUCAUAAACCUUAAAAUAUGUAAAGCGUUUGUUCUAAGCAAGUAAUUUAAUAAUUGGCCAAGGAUUGUAUGUAUAGGUCUGUUCGUCCCAGCACUAAGGUAGUAAAAAUUGGAAGCAAGCAUUUAGUGUACUGUAUUGGUUAAAUAAAUUAAGAAAUAUUCACAUAGUAGGACAUGAUAAAUAUGCUGACGGAAAUCUAUAUAGCCAGGAAAAGCUAUUCAUUGAGAACUGGGAAGUGAGAAAGGUAGGCUAGAUAGCAGUAUUCAGAGGAUUAUUCCAUUUUUUUGGAGAAUAAUAAAAUAUAUGUUUAAAAAGACACUAAAACUCUGGAAUUUAUAAACAUCCAAAUAGGAAAGAUUUACUUUUUGACUUUUUAUUCAUCUCUGUGUUAUUAUUUAUCUAAAAUGAAUAUUGAUUUUUAGGAAAUUUUUGAAAAAGAAAAGUGUUGGGAAUGAAGCAAGUGAUUGGAGCACAAACUGAGUGGAAGAAAUAUUUAGAUUAAAAAUGAGGUAGGUUAAAGUUUCCUCUCUGAAAUGAUAGAUGGGGCUUAUCAUGAGGAUUAAAUGAGGUAAUAUAUGCAAAUUACUUAUAAUUUUCUGGCACAUAGUAGUUAAUUAAGAAAAGUGAGCACCCUUAAUUACCUAGAAUGCAGGGUUGAUAUUUUUAGGUUGACCUUUGUUUUGCUGGGGCGUUCUGCCAUGUUUCAGUGUCAUUUAAUAAAUAAUAGUAACAAUAAAGGUUAACAUUUAUUAAGUGA